GAAAGGUCAGUUGUACAUCUUAUGGAAAAAAAUGGAAAAUUUUUAUGAAGGUUUUAUUGGAAAAUACAUGUUAACAUGCACUAAAAUUCAAUAUAACAGAGUAUUAAAGGCUGUUCCUCCUGCUGUGAUUCUGCAAAUUAAAAGGUAUAAUAAUAACAUAAUCAGCAAUAACUCUUAAAGAACCAUCGUUGAUUAUUAAUGGAUGUGACUUUAUAGAUAGAAAAAGUGCAAUAACUAAUUUAUAAGAAAUAUUCUGACUUGUAUUGCUUUCCCAUCAACACUAAGGGGAAAGUAUUUGUUUAAAAAAUAUGAUACCUCUGUAAAAAUUAGAACCAAAUAUCUUUCCUUUCCACUCCCACAAAAAGUAAAAGAAGUACAUUUCAAACUAAUAUAUGAUAUAUAUCUUUGUAACAACUUCUUACAAAAGAAAUUCAACACAAACUGCAGCUCCUGUGUGUUCUGUGAAUCAGAUCCUGAGACUGCAGAACAACUCUUUAUUGUUGUAAUGAUAAAAACAUUUUCUGAAAAAACUUUCAAGACUGGAUCCUGGAUAAAAAAAUAUAUUAAACCUCUAAGUUUUGAUCAAAUCAAAACGGCUCUUCUAACAGGGGAUAGAGAAGCAAUUUACAGUAAUAAUUUAAUCCUUUUAGCUAAACUUUUUAUACACGAAUGCCGCUUUUUAAAAUUCACCCCAUUAUUUAACAUUUUUCUAAAGUAAGUAUUAUUUAAGGAAGUUCUGGCAUGCUGUAACAACAACAAAGCCCAUUGCACCAGUACAUUGAUGAGAUAACCAAAUAACUUAAAUUCAUCUGGUGAUAUUUUUUUUAAUUACUAAGCCUGUUUUUGGUAUUUUUUUUUCAUCUCUUUAUUUUGUUGUUCCAUAACUCAGUUUUCUGUUAAACUGUAUAUAUUUGAAUGUGAAAUAUGUUAUCUUGUAUUUUUGAAUUUAAUAAAAACAAACUUCUGGAACCUGAAACAUCCUGGUCCUGACCUCCUGCAGCUCCAGGCCCUCAUGUGAUGGAGGAGGAACUCCAUCAAACCGGAAGCAGCUGUCGGAGCACGCCUACAUCUCCCAGAAUGCCCCUCGGCACAGAGCUGCUGCAGCUCCACGUGAGGUUUAAAACACGGAGGAGGAGGCGGGAAAGUGUGUCACUGGGGCACGAGGCUCUCCCGGCGGUCACAUGUUCCCGUUCCCUGCCGCGUGCGGCUCGGUUCAUCGGGAUGUGCGCGCGGUUCGAAGCGCGUGCAGACGCGACGCGGCGGUAGAAGCGGAACCUGUCUGUCCGCCUCUUCUUUCCCGUUCAUUCUCGGUGUGAACCGGACCCAGCGGAACCGCUGCCGCAUUUGAACAGUCCGUGUUGUAGUCCAGCUGUGGUGAUGACCUCUGCCAUGGACACAAACAACAACAACUCAGGAGGUGUCAUCUCCUAUGGGGGCUCAUGUGGAGGGUCUCCGUCCAGAACCAGUCCAGUCUCCAUGUACAGUGAGAACUCUAACUCCCAGCCCUGCUUCAGCUCCUCCUCCUCAGUGCUCAGCAGCUCAGGCUCUGCAGGAGACGACGCCUCCUCCUCCUCCUCAGCAGGAGGUUCUCCUCGAGGCCGGGACGAUGGAGGAGGAUCUCAGAGAACUCCACCCAGUAAAUCUGUGUCCAGUCUGAACAAGCUGGGUGGGGUGCUGCUGCUCUGUAAGGUCUGUGGGGACGUGGCCUCAGGUUUCCAUUAUGGAGUCCACGCCUGUGAAGGCUGCAAGGGCUUCUUCCGCCGCAGCAUCCAGCAGAAGAUGAAGUACAGGAAGUGUGUGAGGAGCGAGAGCUGCUGCAUCGUCAGGAUGAACAGGAACCGCUGCCAGCAGUGUCGCUACAGGAAGUGCCUGUCUGUAGGCAUGAGCCGCGACGCGGUCCGUUUUGGUCGUAUCCCCAAGCUGGAGAAGGUGAGGAUUCUGGCGGAGCUGCAGAUGAACAACGUGGUCAACGACCAGCUGCACAACCACUUCCAGCUCGCCAGCAUCUCCUCUUCCUCCUCCUCCUCUUCCUCCCCCGCACCUCAGACAACUUCCACCUGUCCUCCUGAGCCACCUGCCUCUCCCUCCCCUCUUCUUCCCCCCUCAGAGCAAAGCCCCGCCCACUCUUCCUUCUCCCCGCCCCCCAGCCCAGGGAUGGACAGCACCAUUAACGCCGUUGCACGCGCGCACCGCGAAACCUUCCUGUAUGCAAACGACAAGCUGACCAAUCCCCGCGCUCCACAUCAGAACAAUAACCACGCCCUCAACAAGGAGGCGGAGCUUUGGUUUAAUCACUGCCCUGGGGGUUUCCAUUCCAGCUGCCACARCAAUCACAACCACUCGGACCCCAACCUCGCUAAUAAUCACCACAACAACGGGAGGUGGAGCCUGAAGAACUGUAAUCUGAUUGGAGGAGAGCGAGCCAUGCAUCAUGUGACUCAGARGCAGAGAUGUCCGUCAGGAAUCGUUCUGGCUUGUCCAAUGAACAUGCAGCCUCAUGCAGACCCCUCAAAGACCCCCCAGGAGGUCUGGGAGGACUUCUCUCUGUCUUUCACUCCUGCGGUGAAGGAGGUGGUGGAGUUUGCUAAACAGAUCCCAGGAUUCAGCGCCCUGUCUCAGAGCGACCAGGUGACCCUGCUGAAGGCCGGCACCUUCGAGGUUCUGAUGGUGCGCUUCUCGUCACUGUUCGGCGUGAAGGAGCAGACGGUGACGUUUGUCUCGGGCGCCACCUACGCCCUGCCGGAGCUGCAGGAGAUGGGGAUGAAGGAGCUCCUGGCAGCCAUGUUUGACUUCAGCCGAAAACUGGCGUCACUGGAGCUGAGCGCCGAGGAGCUGGGUCUGUUCACCGCCGUGGUUCUGGUCUCUGCAGACCGCUCCGGGAUCGAGAACGUGGCGUCGGUGGAGCAGCUGCAGGAGGACCUGAUCAGAGCGCUGCGCGGUCUGAUCAACAAGUCCACCGUCGCACCUGACAACCAGCACCACAACGUGGACUCGCCACGCUUCACCAAACUGCUGCUGAGGCUGCCUGACCUGCGCACGCUCAACAACAUGCACUCUGAAAAGCUGCUGUCCUUCCGCAUCGACGCCUGAUGACCUCACACGUGACAUCAUCUCCUGAUGACCUCACACGUGACAUCAUCUCCUGAUGACCUCACACGUGACAUCAUCUCCUGAUGACCUCACACGUGACAUCAUCACCACACUUCCUGUCCUCAGAUCAAACUGAGGAGACAACAAUGACGUCAUUCAGCAGAACUCACCUCCAAAGGUUGUGACUGAGUUCCACUUCCUGUGGAGAUCUUCACAAUAAAAGUCCAGGAAAGCAGCAGCUACAUCCUGUUUGUUGAAGUUAAAGUGACUGAACUCAGAGAAAAAGGAGACAAAUUUAGAUWAAAAUGUCUGAAAAUCAGAAUCAAACCCAGGAGGUUCUGUUUGGAGCUCCGUGAGUUCUGCAGGGCCGACCGGGUUUCUCUCGGCACCAAGUGCUUCAGGAGGAGGAUGAAGAACUUCCACAGACCUGAGGGUCUGGACUCUUUAAAGACAGCAAAAUCCUCCUCUUCCUCUCAGCCAGAGGCAGGAAGCAGCUGUGACUGACAGCUGUGAGGGACCAAUGAGCUGUAGGAGGAGGCGGGACCAAGCAGCCAUGUUUGAAUAAAAAACCUGUAAAUAAUCAAAACUCAUCCAGUUUCACUUGAAACAUUAAAACUGAUCUGUUUUUAUGAAAAUACUGUUUGUAAAUAUGAGCCUGGAACGUGUUUCUGCUCCAGAAAACUGAAAUAUAAGUUUAUUGUUGGCGUUCUGCUAUAAAACCACUUCUAACAAAUAAACAGGUGUGAUUUUAAAUUU